UCAUUAAAAAUCGCAUUUAUGUCAUUAUUCUUCAAAGCGUUUACUACUCAUUGACCUUUCUAGAAAUAAUUCGUAUAUUCUCUCUCUCUCUGUUGUUCGUGACUUCGUGUUUGUGUAACAUCGUUCGCGCUCUACGUCGUCGUUUUCAGUUAUUCAUUUCCGAGAAUUUAGGGUUUUAUAGAGGAUGACGACUAUGGAGAGCUUGAUUGGUUUGGUGAACAGAAUUCAGAGAGCUUGUACUGUGCUUGGUGAUUAUGGAGGUGCUGAUGGUAACUCCUUUUCUUCUCUAUGGGAAGCUCUUCCUACCGUUGCUGUUGUUGGUGGACAGAGUUCGGGGAAGUCUUCAGUUUUGGAAAGCAUUGUUGGUCGUGACUUUCUUCCUAGAGGAUCAGGAAUUGUGACAAGACGCCCAUUGGUGCUGCAGUUGCAUAAGAUGGAAAGUGGGGCACAAGAGUAUGCCGAGUUUCUUCACAUGCCAAGGAGAAAGUUCACUGAUUUUGCCUUGGUGCGCCAGGAAAUUCAGGAUGAAACUGAUAGAGUAACAGGGAAAUCAAAACAAAUAUCUCCUAUUCCUAUUCAUCUUAGCAUAUAUUCUUCGAAUGUUGUCAACCUAACCUUGAUUGAUUUACCCGGUCUGACUAAAGUGGCUGUAGAGGGACAGCCAGAGAAUAUUGUUCAAGAAAUUGAAGCUAUGGUCCGAUCUUAUGUUGAAAAGCCUAAUUCGAUUAUUCUAGCAAUAUCUCCGGCCAAUCAAGACAUAGCAACCUCGGAUGCUAUUAAACUUGCCAGGGAAGUUGAUCCCACAGGUGAAAGGACAUUUGGGGUGUUAACAAAGCUAGAUUUGAUGGACAAAGGAACAAAUGCUUUGGAUGUCCUUGAAGGAAGGUCUUAUCGUCUGCAACAUCCCUGGGUUGGCAUAGUAAAUAGGUCUCAGGCCGACAUCAAUAAAAAUAUUGAUAUGAUUAUUGCUAGGCGCAAGGAGCGUGAAUAUUUUGCAACCAGUCCUGAUUAUGGGCACUUGGCCAAUAAAAUGGGUUCAGAAUACCUUGCAAAGCUUCUCUCACAGCAUCUGGAGUCUGUAAUUAGGGCAAGGAUACCUAGUAUAACGUCUUUAAUAAACAGAAGCAUUGAGGAACUUGAAUCAGAGAUGGAUCAUCUUGGGAGACCCAUUGCUGUUGAUGCUGGGGCUCAACUAUACACCAUUCUAGAACUUUGCCGAGCAUUUGAACGGAUAUUCAAGGAGCAUUUAGAUGGAGGGCGAGGUGACAGGAUAUAUCAUGUCUUUGACAAUCAGCUUCCCUCUGCCUUACGAAAGCUUCCAUUUGAUCGUCAUCUUUCUCUCCAGAAUGUAAGGAAAAUUGUGUCAGAGGCAGAUGGUUAUCAGCCUCACUUGAUUGCUCCAGAGCAAGGUUACAGGCGACUGAUUGAGGGGUCUCUUGGUUACUUCAAAGGCCCAGCUGAAGCUUCUGUAGAUGCUGUUAAUUUUGUUUUAAAAGAACUCGUGAGGAAAUCAAUAGCUGAAACUCAGGAACUGAAGCGAUUCCCAACUUUUCAAGCUGAACUAGCUGCAGCGGCUAAUGAGGCUUUAGAAAGGUUUCGUGAAGAAGGUAGGAAGACAACUCUCCGGCUUGUAGAUAUGGAAUCUUCGUAUCUCACUGUGGAUUUCUUCCGGAGACUACCUCAAGAAGCGGAGAAAGAGAAAACUGGAAGUCCUGCUCCCUCAAAUGUAGAUCGAUAUGCAGAAGGUCAUUUCAGGAGAAUUGCAUCAAAUGUUUCGUCUUAUAUAGGACUGGUGGCAGACACCCUCAGGAACACAAUUCCAAAGGCUGUUGUUUAUUGUCAGGUCAGACAGGCAAAACAGUCUUUGCUAAACCAUUUCUACACACAAAUAGGGAAGAAAGAGAGUAAACAGCUAUCUGAAAUGUUGGACGAAGACCCUGCAUUGAUGGAGAGGAGACAACAGUGUGCAAAAAGGCUUGAACUAUAUAAAGCAGCAAGGGAUGAAAUUGAUUCUGUUUCUUGGCCAAAUUAAUCUGAACAGACAAAGACAAGUUCAGAGCUAACAACCACUCAUGAGAAGAUAGGAGGUCUGGUCUUACAACUCAACAACGUGAGUCGUGACAAGGUUGAAGUUAGUCAUGGGACUGCCCACAACGGAUGAUCACAUGAAAGACUAGGCGUAUGUUUGCAUUUUAUGGGAACUGCGGUCAUGUCCACUUAGAAGCUUGAAUUAGUUGCUUUAGAAAGUCAUAACAGAAUUGUCAUUGGGACAUGAGAACAACUUGUGCUAAGGCUUAUACAAAGAGAAGCAUCGAAAAGGAUGCUAAUUGAUUGAUUCCACUAUGUUCUUUGUGUUCAACAAUUAUUUUACGAACUUGUUAAGAAUUCUAGUUUCUUUAGUCAAUAGCAGUGGUAUCAUUUUCUCUGUUGUUCA